CGUGUCUCGAGCGCCAUGCUCUUCUAUUCCUUUUUCAAGUCCCUGGUGGGCAAGGAUGUGGUCGUGGAACUCAAGAAUGACCUGAGCAUCUGUGGAACCCUCCAUUCUGUGGAUCAGUAUCUCAACAUCAAACUAACUGACAUCAGUGUCACAGACCCUGAGAAAUAUCCUCACAUGUUGUCAGUGAAGAACUGCUUCAUCCGUGGCUCAGUGGUCCACUACGUGCAGUUGCCGGCAGAUGAGGUGGACACACAGUUGCUGCAGGAUGCAGCGAGGAAGGAGGCCUUGCAGCAGAAACAGUGAUGGUUCCUUCUCCCUUCCCUUUCCCUCUUCUGUUAGUGACCUUUCACCUCAAGUCACAGCCUGGGAUUCCUCCCUCCCAUAUUUGAGGGGGAUUUUUUUGGUCUUUUUUUGUUUGUUUUUUUAAAGAGUGGAGGCUUUUUCUUUAAGGGAUGAGUGGAUGAGACUAUUAAUAGUGGGGAGUAGCUCUCCUCUGUUGAGGAGGGGACGAUAAUAGGCUGGGGAACUGCAAAGCCUGCCUUGUCCUCAGCACCUGCCUUUCUCACUCCUUCCCUGGAUAUGGCAGGAGAAUCUCCUAGAUCUCUCCAGGGCAGCAUGUGAUUCAUUUGGGGGAUGGAAGGAAUCUCUCCCGCAUCGGGAAUAAACUUAUGAUGCACAAAAAUAAAUUAAUAAAUUAAUAAAUAAAUUAAUUAUUUUUUAAAAAGUGCUUUGAUUCUACCAUUCAAAACUUGAACUGUCUGUGGGGGCAGCAACCCUCUCUGCCUUAAUCAUGAUAUAUCUGUAGUGCCAAGGGUGGUGCCUAGUAGGUAUUGGGCACUCAGCGGGUUAUGUGUUAAUUGAGUGAAUGCUUAGGUUCAGUCAAGCAGGGAAGACCUAUUGUGAGGAUGAUGGGUGUUAUGGAAGGCAUGUACUGUGUGCCAUACAGUAAGUCCAGUGCAUGUUUGAAGUCUGUUAGUUGUCUCAAAUCAGAGAUUUGCUUAAAGUUUUUUUAAAAAAGCAACUUCUAAGAUUUGUUAGAUGCUCAGGAAUAUAAAAAUUGGAUCCAGGCUCCCCAUUAAGUGCAGCCCGUUAGGAUUGCCUGGGAUCAGUUAAUAUCUGCUGAACCAUCAAUGAAAGAUGAAGUUCUGGCUCUAUAAUUUCAGUAAGUAUCUGCACAGGGUGGUGUGGGAAUGGGAUAUGACCCGAUAGGACAUUCAGAAAACCAGGGUAGGCCUACCAUUUUCACUCUCUGACUAUCCCAGUGGCUGUACCAGUGCAGCUCUUGUCACCUAUCCUCAUCCGUCCAUCUUUCCAAAGCUUGUCUAACCUGGACCCUGUGGUGUCUGCCAGUCACACCCACAUACCACCCAAACGGCUCCAUCAGAGGCUGGUGUGGAAGGAGGUACAUUUUCUUGGAACGACAUAUUAUUGCUGAACCAGGGAUCAGUAGGUUCAAAUAAAGGGACCCAGGAUUGUCUGAGGACGUACACUGAAGAGCUCAUGGACUCAUAGCACGGGACUCCCUAUGUAACUUUUACAUAGAGAGGGGCUUGUUAUGUGGAGGGUGUUGUGAUUGGGGUGGCCCUUCUGCCACUCUUGUCACGUGACAGCUUCCGAACCAUGUCACAUUCUUAGAGUUUGACUUAUAAGGAUAGUUACAGGUCUUCUUGGUCAUAGAAGCAGACAUGUAAGAACUACUUAUUUAUCUAUAAAAUGAUAGUUAAACACUUAGUAAUUUUGAAUUCUAAACAGCAUGGUACACGAUUGAGGGCAAAGUUCAAGGCAAUAUAAACAACUAGAUACAAGGUAGAUUCUUUCCUGAACAGUGGUUUCUAAGUGCUGACAUUUAGCACAAAUGUCAGAUUUGUCACACAGUAUGAAGAGGCCCAGCUCCCUAGAGGAUUGAAUCAUUUAAAGGAUUGCUUGCUGCUUGUCACUCUGCUGGCAAUGGCCAUAAAUGAAAGAUGCCCUUUAAUAGCACCGGGUUAUUCAGAGCUUCCUGAUUCUGCUUGAAAGAUUUGUCUUACUUUGUUUUCUCUUCCAGUGAUCCCACCACCUAGUGUGUAUGUGUGAGGGUGUGCGUAGAAGUUGUGCAUGAAUUGGGUCAAGCAUAUAUUCAGGUAGGGGGGUAGGGAUCAGGGGGUUGUGUCCUGGGACUAUGGAGAACAUGCAUCUGUGUGUAUAGGGCGAGUGCAUUUAUUGGUAGGAGCUGUGCUUUGGAGGUGAGAGUACAUUUACGCAUGUUGGGUAGUGUGAUGGAGUUGUGAGUGUGUGUGAAUGUUUGAGAUGUAAUUCACAUACCACAAAACUCAGCAUUUUUAAGUGUACAAUUCAGUAUUUUUUUCACAAGCUUGUGCAACCAUCUCCACCACCUAAUUCCAGAACAUUUUCAUCACCUCAGAAGGAACCCCUGUGUUCAUUAGCAGGGACUAAGUUCUUCUCCAGUCUUCUUCCUCCGCCCCUGGGCAACCACUAAUCUACUUUCUGUCCCUAAGGAUUUGCUUGCUCUAGACAUUUCCUAUAAAUGGGAUCAUGUAAUAUAUGACCUUUUGUGUCUGCCUUCUAUCACUUAGUAUGAUGUUUUUAAGAUUCAUCUACGUGGUAGAAUGAGUCAGCACUUUAUUCCAUUUUGUGGAUGAAUAAUAUUCUUUUACAUGUAUACACUAUAUUUUAUUUUUCUAUUUAUCAGUUGACAUUUAUGUUGUUUUCUAUUUCUGGCUGUUAGGAAUGCCGCUGUGAACAUUUGUGUACAAGUUCUUGUGUGAACAUAGGUUUUCAGAGAUAACCACUUUGAAAGCUUUGGUUAUAUUCUUCUCUAGUAUUUUGUAUGUAAAUGUAUGUACGUAUAAAUAUCUGAAUUUCUGCAAGUGUGCAGUUAGAGUAUGCAUAUUGUUCUGUAGCAUGCUUUCCUCUGCUGAGCUGUGUAUUAGCAAGGAUUUGUCUCCAGUUUCUCAUCACUGUAACCCACUCAUCUCUGUUGGACAGUGUCCCUUGUGAGCCAGGUCUCCUUUACU